CAAACAGAGCAAACAGAGCAAACAUCACUUUUGUUAACUUGGUGGUAAUCGUGGUAGAGAAUGGCGGUCAGAGUACUUGUUACUGCAUAGUACUUGGGAGAGAGACGUAGGUCAUGCCAAAAAAUUACAAUAUUCACAGAAGAGAUUCACCCAGAAAUCGACUGUAUCAUAUAUAUAUUUGCUUUUAUUUGCUUCCAUUUCCGCCCCUCACGAAUACCUCCUCGAGCUGUCCCAGUACCUCUUAACUACAAGAACUGCAACAAACUCCGAGAAAAGCACUCGCCACGACCCUACUCCCCUCCCCGUCCAGCCCCGACCUCCAGAAGACCCCGCCAUUCCCACCGGCAAAGCUGGGAAAGUACAACUUCCACUGCCAAACUCCCUCUCAACGCCAUGAUAAGUAGUAUACUAUAACCCCCCAUCGAACUCGAGCAAAGAAGUACCGCCAGAGUACCGAUGCUCACAGCAUGCCCUACUUCCAGGACCCGGACGGCCACGCUGCGUCCUCACCGCCCAACCGACCGACAUUUACCUUUCCCGGACCCAGAUACCGAGGAUUGAGGAGGGAGCCCUCGGAGGAGAGCAUCCGGACAGACCUCUGCGAGGGCCCGGUACCGGAUUCCCCAGAUGAUGCUGCUCCAACAGCGGAAGAUGAGGCAGGGACGAGCUCUCACGAUGCCUCGAGCUGUGUCUCGGACAGGCAGGAGCUGAUGGAGAGGUUGAAGAGGGGCGAGAGUCCUAUCUGGUCCCCGAAGAAGCUGGAAACGCCCGGUGCGAGACGUACGACUCCGCUCCUGCCGCCGGCGGAGAUCAAGUCGUCGCCAAUCUCACCUAGACUAGACGAGACCGAGAACCUGCAUGCCGGGUUGUCUGCACUACACUCGGGGAACUUUAGGGAAGAGAGAUCAGAGCCCAAACGGGACUUGAAUUCGGAGCCGGACGUUGGUCGUAUUCGUGCUGCAAGUCCCCCCCGGCCGUGGCUCUGCACUUCGCCACCAAGAGACUUUAUACCAUCUCUGCAUGACCGGUUCCACUCUUCCUCUCGCCCCGACGUCGACUUCGUAUCCAGGUCAAGGGCCGUCUCGCUAUCGUCAUCUUACUCCUCGAGUUUUGCAUACAUACCCCCAACGAGCCCUCUAGUACAGUCCCAGACCAACGACGACGUGGAAUUCUCCCCUCUGGGGGAAUCCAUGGAUAUCGAAGCGGAUUUUAUAAGAAAUCGCUGGCGCCAUACUUUCCAACCCUAUUCCUCCACGCCAGUAACACCGUCCAGCGCGGUCUCCGAUUACCAACUACCCUUCCAACGCAGAGAUGCGAGCUACGCCUACCAAGCCCACCAGCCGAGGAGGUCACUAGCCUUGAACACCGCCUUGUCGCAACCGACGUCUUCCCCUCAGACGCCAGCAUUCCGCCACUCAAGACGACCAUCGCUCGCGUCAGAUUCCCCGCUACACCACGCAUCGAUGGUUGGAUCAUACGAGGAGAGUAUUCUCAGAGGCAGAAUGUCCACCACCCCCUCCAAACCCCUGGAUUUCGUAGCACAAAUCGGGGUACUGGGAUUAGGCAAGUGCAAGCCGAGUUUAAAAUGCCCGCCCCAUGUGGCCCUCCCAUUCCCGGCAGUGUUUUAUAGCUACGCCACCACAGCCCACAUCAGGCAUACGGCAUCUGAAGACGGACCAAGUCCGUACGUAGGCCAAAUCGACCUAGAAAACGGUCUCCCAGCCGUCCCACCCUCAGAAAGCCACAGCACCAAGCGAACCCGCCACUCCAAGCUCCGAUCCCGAGUUCCCGACGGCCCCGAGCCCCCCGAACCCCAGGACCAAGCCUCAGAGCUCUCCCAGCGACGUCUCCAGAAGCAAAAGCGCCGCUCUACCUCCCCCCGCGCCCCACCAGGGGGUUGCUACCGCAUCCCCGAAAAGGGACAACUCCAGAUCAUCAUCAAGAACCCCAACAAGACAGCCGUGAAGCUGUUUCUCGUCCCCUACGACCUUGAGGGGAUGGAGGCUGGUACGAAGACGUUUAUUCGGCAGAGAAGUUACUCCGCGGGACCGAUUAUGGAUAUCCCCCCCACCUCGUCGUCGACCAGCCAGCCUGAGCAGAAUGAACGCGCGACGCUGCGGUACUUGAUACACCUCCACAUCUGCAGUCCCGCGUGCGGACGAUUCUACCUGUAUAAAUCCAUCCGCAUCGUCUUCGCCAACCGCGUCCCGGACGGGAAGGAGAAGUUGAGGAAUGAGUUGCAGUUCCCUGAACCGCGGUUUACGAGCUAUAAACCCAUCCGCGACAGUGUCCCCAACAGCGCGCUUAGCCCGGCGAGUGAGAAGGCGUAUAGGAGGAGCGCAUGGUUUCGUCUUACGGGAGGAGGGAGGGGGGAGGAGAUGGAGCUGGAUGGGGUUGUGAGGGCGGGUGAGGGGUAUGCGUUGGAGGGGAGGAGUACGACGCCGGUAGAACCGAUUCCGUUCUCGCUGUAUAAGCGCGACGCCGCGUCGUCUGAUACGGGAACUAGCCGAUCCGGCAUUCCGUCGAGGCCGCCCGCGCAGGAUGGGAUAGGGUCGAGUGAGUGGGAUACGAGCGGUAUGGAGAUGUAUGAUAAACUCCAUAAAGGCGACAUCGGCUACGGCGGAAAUGCAUUCGCCACACCGCUGCUGCAGGGACGACAGGUCGCGGAGGGGUUGUUGGCGUUGAAGUUGAGAGGGUUGGGUGUUGGGAGGGGAGAAGGGGGAGGGGGUGAGGGGAGAUGA